UCAUAUACACAUCAUUCCAAGUUCAAGUGGGUGUACCAUAGAUAAAUAAGAGAAUACCGAAAAUAUCAACUUUUAUUAAUGAUAUUUUAUGAUUUUUACGAAUAGCAUACGAUCAUUUGUUGGUAUAAUGACCAAGAGGCAACUUUUACUGCUGUCAUCUUCAAGAGUACAUGGUCAUGAAUAUUUAGAAUUCGCACAAGAUGAUAUUUGUGACCUUUUAAAUCUAAACAAAGUAUCUACGAUCCUUUUCAUUCCUUAUGCUUUAAAAGACCAUGACGCAUAUGUGAAAACUGUUGAAAAACCUUUUAAAAAGUGGGGUUUUGAAGUAAUUGGUAUACACACUACAAACCCUCUAGAAGCUGUAAACAAAGCAGAAGCAAUUUUCAUAGGUGGAGGCAAUACGUUUCGCCUUUUAAAAACUUUGUAUGACUUAAAUUUAGUAAAAGCUAUUAGAAAACGCGUCACGGAACAAGGAAUUCCAUAUAUCGGAGCCAGUGCAGGUACAAACGUGGCUACAGUGAGCAUUAACACUACCAAUGAUAUGCCAAUUGUAUAUCCACCUUCAUUUAAAGCCCUUGAAUUGGUACCUUUCAACAUAAAUCCUCACUAUGUAGAUCCUGAUCUUAAUUCGACUCAUAAAGGGGAAACUAGAGAAGAACGAAUAAUGCAGUAUCACGAGGAAGAUGAAUCUUACACUGUUUUAGGGCUGAGGGAGGGUUCUUUGUUGUCUGUAGAAGGAAAUGUUGCUAUUUUAAAAGGAGUAACAGGAGCAAGAUUAUUUGUUAAGGAUAAAGAACCAGAAGAAUUUAAAGUGGGAAGUAACUUAAGCCAUUUACUUAAAGGAAAUUAACAAUUUAUGUAAAAAUAAACGUUUUAAAGUAUUAAAAACA